ACAAACCAUGCUCCAACCUUCCGAGUCCCCGGCUCGCUCUUCAGAGAGUUUGAGCCUUCCAGAACACAGGGGAGAAGAGAGGAGGAAGACCGAGCGCUCCACCAUAUGGAAGUGGAUAAGUCUGCGGGAGCUGCUGUUUAUAUUCGUCGCCUGCAGCGUAGGAGCCGCUCUCUUUCAGACUCGAGACGACGUCAGAUUUGUCCAUGCGUGGAGUAGGAAUCUGGACACAUCACUGUAUCACAACAGAAAGUUUCCAACAGAAAAUGAAAGACUACCUAGACCGAUUGUAACUGACCUGGACAGUGACGGAACCACAGACCUACUGUACUUCAAUCCCGAUCACACUCUGGUGAAGGAGACGUUUCCUGACUCCCUCUCACCUCUGGCUCCUGCCCAGCCUCUCUUCUCCAACCCAACACAACAGGGUGCAGUGAACGUGCGUGAGUUGGGUGACGGUGGUUCACCCAUCGCAGUUGCCACUGGAUACCUCAAACAGUACAAGUCCAUGGUGCAAGUAAGGCAACAGGUGAUAGUUGUGCUGAUGUCUGACUGGCAGGUACUCUGCCUCAGUCACGAGCUCAAACCGCUCUGGAAGGCCCAACCUCUGGAAAGGGAGAAGGACCGCAACCUAGCAAUCAGGGAGCCGACGGUGCUGGUGUCCCACGUGUCCAUUCGUAAGGGAGACACUGGGUGUGUGGUGGUAGGAGGGAGGGUAUCGGGGAAACCGGCUCCCCAAGACAGCUUCACCAGGUCAGUCACA